AUGCUCGGAUACCUCACAAGCCGCUGGCAGUCGACGGGCGACCAGAAGAAGACCAGUCCGACCUGGUUCGACCGUCGUUGCUCGCCAAUUCUGCUGUCUAUCGCAAAGAAGGCAUGCACUCACCCGAUUCACACCAUUGUAACCAUCGCUUUCGUCGCAAGUUACUCGUACCUAGGCGUUCUCGACAAAGGUCUACUGGAGAGCGGCAUAGAGGAGGCCGCCGCCAGCCGAGUAGACUUUCAGACACUAUUGACUGGUAGCAAGAGACUGAGGGUUGGAGAAGAGACGUCAUGGCACUGGGAGGCAGUAGAGGCCAGGCCUACUAUCUCAAAAGAAAAGGAACUUGCCCUUGUAACCCUCGUCUUCCCCGAAUCCAGCACUGUCAACUCUGCCCCGUCGCAACAAUCUGUCCCCCGCAAUGUCUCUGCAGAGCUCCUUCCCAGCUCAUCCAGCUCCUUCUCCACUCUGUCCCAUGACACCUCGCUCGCCUUCUCCGUCCCCUACCCGCAAGCCGCCGACUUUCUCGGGGCCAUGCAGGAGAUCUCGGCCCCAGCAGAUGUCACACAGGCCCAGGGUUCCGAGCAGGAAGGCACACGUGAGGAGAAGAAGUGGAUGAUGAGGGCUUCCAAGAACGGAAAUGCGCGUACUGGCGUGCGCAACUGGGUCGUAGAAUCAUGGACCUCGUUUGUCGACUUGCUCAAGAACGCAGACACUGGCGACAUUGUCAUCAUGGCCCUCGGCUACAUCGCCAUGCACUUGACAUUUGUCUCGCUCUUCCUCGCCAUGAGGCGCCUGGGAUCAAACUUCUGGCUGGCUACCGCCGUCCUACUCCAGUCUGCCUUUGCCUUUUUGUUUGGUCUCGCUAUCACAACCUACCUCGGCGUUCCCAUCAACGUCAUUCUGCUUUCUGAAGGUUUGCCCUUCUUGGUUGUCAUCAUUGGAUUUGAGAAGCCCAUCGUCCUCACCAAGGCUGUCUUGUCUGCCUCUUUGGACGGCCGACGAGCCACCGAAGAGAAGCGCGGCGAGCGAGUGACCAUCCAGUCGGCCGUACAGACUGCCAUCAAGAGGACUGGCUUUGAGAUUGUACGCGACUACUUCUUCGAGAUCCUCAUCCUAGUUGCUGGUGCCAUGUCUGGCAUUCAGGGUGGUCUCCGACAGUUCUGCUUCCUUGGUGCUUGGAUCCUGUUCUUUGAUGCACUUAUGCUCCUGACUUUCUACACUGCCAUUCUCACCAUCAAGCUCGAGAUCAACCGCAUCAAGCGUCACGUUGCGCUUCGUAGGGCCCUCGAGGACGACGGUGUAGACGGAAAGGUCGCUGAAAAUGUUGCCCGCAACAAUGACUGGCCCAAUGCGCGCGACGUCCAGGUCGUCAACAACACCACUACUGUCUUUGGACAGAAGAUUACUGUUCCGAAGUUCAAGAUCUUCAUGGUUGCUGGGUUCGUCCUUGUAAACGUCCUCAACGUUGUCACUCUCAAGUUCGGCCUCGCUCCUACCAAGUUCUCUGGCGUAGGUGUCACACCUCCUCUGGACCCCUUCAAGGUUGCUGGAAGCGGCCUUGACCACAUCUAUGAGCAGGCCAAGGCUACGGCUACAUCAACCAUUGUCACCAUCCUCAUGCCGAUCAAGUAUGAGCUCGAAUUCCCCUCAAUCCACUACGCCGAGCCCUCCCUUGCCAAUUCUGAGUAUGCGUUCGGCAACAACAUCAGCACUCACAUCGUCGAUGGCGUACUGAAGAGUCUGGAAGACCCAUUCCUCAGCAAGUGGAUCGUCCUCGCUCUCGUCAUGAGUGUCGUCCUGAACGGUUACCUCUUCAAUGCCGCUCGCUGGACCAUCAAGGAGCCCCACAAGCCACUCGAGCCCCCGUCUCCGUCUGAAGUCCAGGAUGGUGCACCCACUGUACCGUCAACUCCCCGUCUGUCUUCCUUGGCCAUGCCCACUCCACCACGCACACCUGGUCCUGAUGAGCAAAACCGCCAUUUGCAACCAUUGACACAACUCGCACCAGUUCCGCACCGUCUCCAGGAAAUCCCAGCCCCUCCCACAGAAGAGGAACAACGACAACCGAACCGCCCCUAUGAAAUUCUUGAACAGAUGGUCAAGGACAAGCAAGCACCUAGGAUGACCGACGAAGAGCUCAUCGAGAUGUCACUCAGGGGAAAGAUCCCUGGCUACGCUCUGGAGAAGACCCUAGGUGACAAGACCCGCGCUGUUAAGAUCCGACGUGGUCUUGUUUCACGAACACACGCUACAAGGGAAACAUCAACACUGCUCGAGCGAUCACUGCUGCCAUACAAAGACUACAACUACGAUCUUGUCCACGGCGCUUGCUGUGAAAAUGUCGUUGGAUACCUUCCCCUUCCUGUCGGUGUUGCCGGACCCAUUCUGGUCGACGGCCAAAACUACUUCCUUCCCAUGGCUACGACUGAGGGUGUACUUGUCGCUUCUACUUCGCGUGGUGCAAAGGCUAUCAAUGCUGGCGGCGGUGCUGUUACCGUUAUCACUGGGGAUGGCAUGACCCGUGGCCCUUGCAUCGGAUUUGACAGCCUUGUACGCGCGGGUGCAGCCAAGAACUGGCUCGAUUCUGAAGAGGGCCAAAGGACCAUGAAAGACGCUUUCAACUCGACAUCUCGCUUCGCCAGGCUCCAGUCAAUGAAGUCUGCCAUCGCCGGUACCAACAUCUACGUCCGCUUCCGGGCUACGACUGGCGAUGCCAUGGGCAUGAACAUGAUUUCCAAGGGUGUCGAACAUGCACUCAACGUCAUGGCAAACGACUGCGGUUUCGACGACAUGCGUGUUGUCACUGUCUCUGGAAACUACUGCACAGACAAGAAAUCGGCCGCCAUUAACUGGAUCGACGGUCGUGGCAAGGGCGUUGUCGCCGAAGCCGUUAUCCCCGGUCACGUAGUCAAAUCGGUACUCAAGUGCGAAGUCGAAGACCUCGUCCAGAUGAACAUUUCGAAGAACUUUAUCGGAUCCGCAAUGGCAGGUGCAAUGGGUGGUUUCAACGCCCACGCAGCAAACAUUGUCGCAGCCAUGUUCUUAGCUACCGGCCAAGACCCAGCUCAAGUCGUCGAAAGCGCAAACUGCAUCACCAUCAUGCACAACGUAAACGGAAACCUCCAAAUCUCAGUCUCCAUGCCCUCAAUAGAAGUCGGCACCAUCGGCGGCGGAACUAUUCUAGAACCCCAAUCCGCUAUGCUCGACCUCCUCGGUGUACGUGGCGCUCAUCCUACUUCCCCAGGCGACAAUGCGAGACAACUCGCUCGCGUCAUCGCCGCUGGUGUCCUCGCUGGUGAACUCUCCCUCAACAGCGCGCUGUGUGCGGGUCAUCUUGUAAAGGCGCAUAUGGCGCAUAAUAGGAGUAAUGUGCCCUCAAGGGCGCCUACGCCUGCGCCUGCGACACCUAGGGAUGGGUCCAUGACGCCGGUUACGCCCGGGCCGGGGAGUGGUGGGUUGUCUGCGUUGAGCGUCGGACCGGUGCCGAGGAGGUAG